AUGACGAUGGAGGAGGUGCGGUGCUACGAGCAGGAGACGCAGGAGGCCACCAACAACGAGCUCCUGGGGUUGGUGGCACCUACCAUCGCUGUCAGCGAGGUGGGACAGCCGGCGGCCAUGCACUCAGCCCCCGCCAGCGCCCCGUCCACCCCGCUCGGCAACGAGGCCCCCGAUUUCCUCUCACCCCCCAACACUCGCCCGCGCAAGAAAUCGGCGCCGGAGACUUUGAGGCUGCCCGUGCUGCGGGAACGUGUCAGCACUGAGUGA